GAAAAGCGUUUUUUUUUAGGCGGGAAGAUGCCGGAGACGAAGGAACGGGAGAACCUGGCCGAGGUCAUCAGUCAGUGGAACAGCGACAGACUGGACUUGUUUGAGAUCAGCCAACCUGACGAGAGGCUGGCGUUUCAUGGCGUGGUCCGCUUCUCCUUCGAGGAUCACGAAGAAGAAGGCAGCGUGGCCACAAAGUGCCUGCGGGUUUGCAGCAGCUUGACGACUCGCGAGGUCAUUGAGACGCUUUCAGAGAAGUUCAGGCCGGAUAUGAAAAUGCUGUCGACAAAAUAUUCUCUCUAUGAGAUCCACGCAGAUCGAGAACGUAAGUUGGACCUGGAUGAGAGACCUCUGGUCGUACAGUUGAGCUGGACCUCGGACAACCGAGAAGGGCAGUUUGUGCUCAAAAAAGACCAGGAGAGAUUGGAGGAAAGUUAUCAUGAGAAAGAAAAAGGAGGCCUUCUUCAAACCUUCAAGAGGACACUGUCAAGAAAAGGGAAGAAGAAAGAGAAAAGCCGAGCCAGCGGAGCUGAGAGGGCGUCGGAGGGCGAGGACGGACCAGCUGAAAAUCUGCUGAACAACAGCGACCGCUCGUCCGGCCUUGAGCCUCUGAGACGUUGCGAAAAAAAGAAAAGAAGUCAGAAUCCUGAAGACUCUCCAGAUCAACCUGGAUUACCGGUUAGAGUAAAGAUCUGCGACGAUGCCGAGGAGCCCUUCCUGUCCGCAGUCAUAAAUUACACCAACAGCUCCACAGUUCAUUUCAAGCUGUCCCCCGCUUACACCCUCUACGCUGCGAGUCGCUUCGCCCUGCGGCGCCGGCGCAGCGGCGGCUCUCCGUCUUCUGCAAGCACGCACCCCGUAACGUCAAUCACAAACAGAAUGGCCACCAUGAUGGGAAAGGUCAUCCAGAGGAACCAGGCCGUCGCCGGGGUUCUCGCCUUCUGGUUGGCCAAUUCCUCUGAGCUGCUGAACUUUCUGAAGAACGACAAAGACCUUGGCCCGUUCACGAAGCAAAGUCAGCUGGAUCUGUCCCAUCAGGUGCACAACGCCUACAGCUUGCUGCUCCGUUGCCUACAGAGCGAGUUGAGGAAACACCUACCAACUUUCCUCACUGAUCCUGAGCGACACGGCGCCCUCCCGGCAGGGAUAGAGAUGGUGUUGGACACCUUUAUGAACGCCAUGUCUCUUCUGCGCCGGUGCUGCGUCAACCCGGCCCUCACCAUCCAGCUCUUCUCUCAGCUCUUCCACUUCAUCAGCGCCUGGCUGUUUAAUCAGCUCAUGGCCCCAGAACCCGGCACGCCGGGCCUGCGCUCUCACUACUGGGGGGCCACACUGCGUCAGAGGCUGACCCCCAUGGAGGCCUGGGCGGAGAGGCAGGGCCUGGAGCUGGCUGCCGACUGCCAUCUGGGACACAUCACGCAGGCGACCACGCUCCUGACAAUGAAUAAGUACUCGCCUUCGGACGCUAAGAACAUCCAGACUUCCUGUUUCAAGCUGAACUCGCUGCAGCUGCGCACGUUGAUGGACGGGUACAUGUACGGACCCAGCGAGCCUCAGAUCCCCCCUGGCUUGACGGAUGCCGUGGCGACGGCUGCCAAGGCCUCGGCCGAUAACAUAAUUCUCAGCGAAGGUGGCGAGCUUCGGCUGACGGAGAGCCUCGACCUCCUGCUGCCUUUCCUGCUGCCGCGGGGAGGAUACUCCUGUGAGACGCUGAGAGGAGUCCCUCAGGGGUUCAGAGAGUUUCUGGAGCCAAUCUGUCAGAAAGGUCUCUGCUGUUUGACGUCUGUGGCUGAAUCUCAAGGAGACUGGACGGCGCAUUUCACUGAAAACACACACACCGAUGGGGAUUUGUACUUGGCAGCGCACAGGCAGCCCGAGGUCGAGAACGUCACUUUGCACAAGCCUCUAAACAGUGGGAUGGGUGUCAGUAUUGUAGCAGCCAAGGGAGCAGGCCAGAGCAACCUCGGGAUCUACGUCAAAUCUGUGGUCAAGGGAGGACCCGCCGAAAUGAGCGGUAAGCUGGCAGCUGGAGAUCAGUUGCUCAGUGUGGACGGUCGCAGCCUGGUGGGACUCAGCCAAGACAGCGCAGCAGCCAUCAUGAUGCGCACCGGCCCCGUCGUCAGCUUACAGGUGGAGAAGUUUGCAGCGAGUUACCGAGGUCUCGGCCACCUACUGAACGAAUCGUCCCCGGAAAACGAAACAAGCAGCAGCCGUUUAAGACUGGACGGCGUUUCCACACUGUACUGCGCUGUGGAGCUCAGCCCCUCGGAGAGAAACCCCAGAGGUCGCAAGAGAAACAGAGACCAGAAAUACCGACAGCUUUACCGCUCCAACCCCAACGUGACCGCUGGCUUUUGCCCAGAGGACAGAGGUGAACUCUUUGACCCCGACGUGAGAGGAAAUGGCUUUUCAUCCGUUUCCAGCGACAACCUUUGCGCCAAUACGCGUCCCAGAGAAUACCUGACGCUGCCGAACCCCAAGUCCAAGGACAGGUCUGAUUUUGAGCCGACGCAACUGUUUACGACGGCUGUGAAUCCUUCAAGUGAGCAGAGCGCCAGCCGGAGAGGCUUCGUGCGACUCGCUGUGUCUCAGGAGAGCUUGUGUGCAGACAGUGGAGGCCCCCUGCUGGACCAAAAGCAGAACGCGCGCACACAGAGGAACCAGAGUUCCAGUCAGUCGACAAAUUUCUGCCGAUCCGCUGCUCUCCGCUCAAGCGUUUCUACACACCACGUCCCGUCCGACCGCAAACAGCCGCCCCUGAGUCCGGCCGGCGUCUGGAGGAACCUGUUUUCGGAGCAGGCCACGCCUACGCCGUCGGUCCGGCCGAUGCGCAUCGACAUCCCCGUCGCCGUCUCCGGAGCAGGCGGCGCGCGGUCGAAUCCUCCUCUCACCACCUUCCAGCCGAGCCCCUCUGUUCUGAGCCGGCUCCGUCAAGCCAGUGAGCAGAUAAAGAGCUCCCCAAGCCGAGCGUGUCCAUCAUCAGCGGUCAAGGCGCUGCUCCAGCCCUCGGGUCUCUGGCAGCAGCAGAGGUCAGAAAAACCCAGAGUGUGCAUCACUCCAGCAAAGCCCGUUUCCUUCCAGGAGCCUCCGUCCGAGCGGAAGGGCUCGGGGGGCCAGAGCGAUCCCCGGGUGCUGCUGCGUGACCCCUGGAGGAGGGAGACCCAGGAGGCGCUGGAGAAGCGGCAGAGGCUGGAGGCGGUGGAGCGGCUGGAGAGGGAGGCGCGGCAGCUCAGCGCCAAGGAGCAACGGAGCGCCGAGGAGGACGGCAGGCUGCGGAGGCUGGACCUGGAGUGGAGGUUUCAGAAGAGGGUGCAGGAGAUUCAGCAGAGAGGAGAGGGAGAAGAGGAGGAGGAGGAGGAAGAUCUGGACGCCAUGGUGAUCCUGCAGCAGCUGGACAGAACGUCAGAGAACAAGAUUGGAAACAACAGGAAACACAACGAGGAGGAAAAGCCCGGAGGGAAUCAGCAUUCCUACAAGCAAGACGGAAAACCAGAUCCCAGAGAAAAUGGACUGAAAGCAGCGUCAGAUGAGAAGCCGGCGGAGAAAAUCAAGAUGGCGUCGGCUCCUGAGAAGCUCACAUUCAGGGAGCGUCGGCGUCUUUUCUCCCUGGCAACAAGCGCUUAAGUGAAGGUCAAAGGUUUUCUGAACAGAAGUUAAAAAUAAAUAAAUAAUAAAAUUUUCUUGUUGCAUUACA